GAUUCUUUCAAGUAAACGUGCAAUCAAUUCUGUGAUUUCGAAGUGUGUCUAUUGUUGGAAGAUUCGACCGAAGUCAUUUCAACCUCCAAUGGCUCCGCUGCCAGAAACGCGAAUCACUCAAGCCAAAGCUUUCCUCCAUUCCGCUGUUGACUUCGGAGGUCCUUUUUUAAUCACUUUGUCACGUCAUCGCGGAGUCAAAUCGUGCAAAGCAUACAUUUGUGUCUUCGUUUGUCUUGCCACAAAAGCCGUUCAUGUAGAAUUAGCGAGCGAUCUUUCUGCAGAAAUUUUUUUGGCUGCUUUGCAGCGAUUUGUCGCUAGAAGAGGUCGGGUUUCGACAAUAUUUUGCGAUAACGCGACGAAUUUUGUGGGAGCAAGCAAGCAGCUUAAAUUGAUAAAAGACGCUGCUGAACAAGAACGAAUCAAAUUCGUUUUCUCUCCACCUUCUGGUCCUCACUUCAAUGGACUGGCAGAAGCAGGAAUUAAGUCAGUAAAGCUUCAUUUAACUAAAGUUAUAGGUGAUCAAAUUUUAUCCUAUGAAGAGUUCAACACUAUAUUGACGCUUAUAGAAUCAAGUUUAAAUUCACGCCCGUUAACUCCGCUUUCCUCAGAUGUCGAUUCUAUUGAUGCGUUGACACCGGGUCAUUUUCUUACCCUGGAGCCACCUUCUGUUGUUCCUACUCCCGAUUUUAGUAAUUGCUCAAUGAAUCGGUUGUCACGAUGGCAAUUACUACAGCGCAUACACCAAGAUUUUUGGCGCCGAUGGCGACGCGAAUAUCUCCAUACCCUACAGCAGCGAAGCAAGUGGCUAGACUUCACUUCUCCGCCUCGCCUCGGUUCUCUUGUGUUGAUCAAGGAAGAUAAUCUACCUCCUGGGAAGUGGAGCCUAGCUCGAAUCGUAGCAUUGCAUCCUGGCGAUGACAAUGUCACUAGGGUCGCCACAGUGAAAACGAUUUCAGGUUUUCUGACACGACCACUAGUGAAACUCUGCCCGCUCCCUGUUGAGUGAUAAUCUGUUUUUUUUUGCUAUUCCAUUAAAUUUUUAUAUUAAUUUAACAUUGGGGAUUUUCGUGCACAAGCAACAAUUGCUAAUAUAUUUUUUUUUCUCUUAUUUUGCUAUUUGGGUAUUUAUUUAUAGUUAUUUGGUAUAAAUUGCUCAGCAAACGAAUGCCACCCAUUCGUUCAUUAUAUUUAAUUUUUUUUAUACUUAAAAUGUUGCAAACAUUUUCCCGGGGCAGGAUGUUUGGGAAACUAACGUUGAUUUUUAAAAUAAAAGUUUUUCGCGCCACAUGGUAUCAGGGGUCUCCCUUCCUCGACCCAAGACGGGUAACACAUGCAAGAGAUGAACAGAA